AGGAGGAGGAGGGAUGCGGACGGGGGAAGAUGGCGGCGGCGUCGUCGAACAACCCGCGGAAAUUCAGCGAGAAGAUCGCGCUGCACAACCAGAAGCAGGCCGAGGAGACGGCGGCCUUCGAAGAGGUUAUGAAAGACCUCAGCCUGACGCGUGCCCACCGGUUACAGCUACAGAAAAACCAGUAUUUGCAGUUGGGGCAGAGCCGUGGCCAGUACUAUGGAGGAUCCUUGCCAAAUGUUAAUCAGAUUGGCAACAGCGCGAUGGACAUGCCCUUCCAGACUCCAUUUCAGCCAUCUGGGUUGGACACCAGUAGGACAACUCGACACCAUGGCCUGGUAGACAGGGUAUAUCGUGACAGGAAUCGACUUGGCUCACCACACCGGCGCCCUCUCUCUGUGGAUAAGCAUGGCAGACAGGUGGACAGCUGUCCAUAUGGUACUGUCUAUCUGUCUCCUCCUUCAGAUACAAGCUGGAGAAGGACCAAUUCUGAUUCUGCCCUGCACCAGAGCACAAUGACCCCCACUCAGACAGAGCCUUUCUCAGCUGGGUCACAGGAUAUGCAGCAAAAAAGAGUCUUAUUACUGACGGUUCCAGGCAUGGAGGAAGAUGCAUCAGAGACAGAGAAGAAUCUUUCAAAACAAGGAUGGGAUACUAAGAAGACAGGAUCCUCAAGGCCUAAAUCUUGUGAAGUUCCAGGAAUCAACAUAUUUCCAUCAGCUGACCAAGAAAACACUACUGCGCUUAUCCCCGCUGCUCACAACACAGGGGGCUCACUGCCGGACCUGACAAAUAUCCACUUCCCUUCUCCUCUCCCAACACCGCUAGACCCAGAAGAGUCAACUUUUCCGUCCUUGAGCAGUUCCAACAGCACCGGGAACCUUACUGCCAAUCUGACGCACAUGGGGAUCAGCACAGCCAAUCAGGGAAUGACAACAACGCCAGCCUCUUCCCAGCAGCACCGGCAGCCAACCGUCAGUCCCCUUUCACUGAACGCAGACUCGAGGAGAAGCCAGUCCCAACAAGUCUCUCCCACACUUUCACCUCUUUCACCAAUUACUCAGGCUGUGGCAAUGGACGCGCUCUCCAUGGAACAGCAGCUUCCUCCCUACCCGUUCUUCACCCAGACCAGUGCGCAGCAGCAGCCACAGACACAGGUGGCGAAUGCUUUACCACCCAAUGCUUCUCUGAUGCAGACCUCUGGCUUGCAGCGAGGCGUUCAGCUCCCCCCACUCUCGGUCUCUAUCCCUUCCACAAUCCCACAGUCUCCUCCGGGCAGCCAAACCCAGACUUCCAUGGGGAUAGACAUCAAUUCGGGCUCACUCCAGCAGUACCGCAGCAAUGCUGGCUCCCCGGCCAACCAGUCUCCCACUUCUCCUGUCUCCAAUCAAGCUUUCUCUCCUGGCAGCUCCCCUCAACAAACAUCUAUCCUAGGGAGUGUUUUUGGUGACUCUUGUUACGAUCAGCAGAUGACAGCCAGGCAGGCAAAUGCUUUAUCUCAUCAGGAUUCCUUCCUUCAGCUCGAGCAGUUCAACAUGAUUGAAAACGCCAUCAGCUCCAAUAGCUUGUACAGCCCCUGCUCCACCCUCAACUACUCCCAGGCAGCCAUGAUGGGGCUGACCGGGAGCCACGGGAGUCUCCAGGACCCACAGCAACUCAAUUACACCAGCCACGGGAACAUCCCAAACAUCAUCCUUACAGUGACCGGGGAAUCGCCUCCCAGUCUGUCGAAAGAUCUCACCAGCUCUUUGGCCGGGGUGGGGGAUGUCGGCUUUGACUCAGAUUCCCAGUUCCCUCUGGACGAACUAAAAAUCGAUCCCUUGACCUUGGAUGGGCUUCACAUGCUCAACGACCCCGAUAUGGUCCUUGCUGAUCCCGCCACAGAGGACACUUUCCGGAUGGACCGGCUGUAGUGGGGAGGGGAACGGGAAGGGGGUGCUGCGCAAAAAGAGCGCAUCAGAAUCACCAAGUCCUGGAAUGUCCGUGCCACUCUGGUGCUUGGAGGGAGAUAGGGCCGAGCCCGUCUUGGAUCUCUUGCAUCCAGUCAGGGUCCCUGGACAGCCGCAGCUCCACUGUGUGUCCAAUUUAGCAAUGCUUGUUCUACACUUGCCGGGCAGCCGUCCUGCUCGCCCCACCUCCCCCAGCACCAACUUAAACCUUUGUUCAUGCCUUGCUGUUGGGAGAACCGUAUCUCAAAGAGCUGUCUCCACCCCAAUCCCCCUUUGCCUCCUCCCUCCGUCACCAAAGUUCCAGCAGUUGGUCCUCUUUUGUCCUUUGCACUAAAAGCUUUGGGCUUUUUGUUCAGGAAGUGGAGGGGCAGAGAAAGUUAUUCCCCCUCCUCCUCCUUCCAAACAGAGGAGCUGUCCAGAAGAUAAAAUAGGUGUAUUGUUUUGUUUUCAUUUCUCUGUGUAAACUAUCCAACCUUUGGCUUCUGUUACAAAAACAGAUACCCCGCAUGGAACUGAGGGAUUUUCUGGGAAUCAGGGGACUGCUUGAUGAAUUUUUUUGGGGGGGGGAGAAGUACAUGACUUCUGGAGCUACCUUGUCAAUACCGCUGCCUUUCCAUGGAAAAGGACUGGAACUGGAGAGGUGGAGAAAGCCAAUUGUGGCUGUCCCAGUGAACUCUGUAAAGCAGCUGCUUGCAUUGGGAGGCGGGGGGGCUUGCAAUUGUCUGCUUGAUUCUCCAAGUCCAUUUCCUUGACUGUUUUCUGGAGUCCCACCAUGGGACUCGUUUGCCUGUCUGCAUGCAGCAGCUUUCAGAAACAGCUGUCUGACCACCCCACCCCUGUCGGGAGAUUUAGUGGCAUGAGCCACAUAAUUCCUCUUGAUAAACUGACCGUGUAAAACUGUUUUUAUUUUUGUUCCUUCAAAGAAUUUUCAGGGGGAGGCAAGGCAAGCGGAGAGAGGAAAAGAAGGCACAAAUGUUUUUCUAAUUAUACAUGGAAAUUCUGUCAUUUGUCUGAAGGAAUAAGAACUGCGUCUCCUGCAGGUUAUUUUUUUAAUCUUUUUUUUUAAGGCAGCAAUCUUUUUUUCCCCCUCUGCUUUGGAAGAAGUAGUUCUUGUUCUGUGUAUAUUAAAAAAGAAAAGAAAAGAAACCUCUCUCUUGUGCUUGAAAGAUCUGGUUCUAACCAAACCAGUCUGGUUUAUCUCUGUGCUCCAGACUGAUUAGAUGGAAAUCCUCUAAGGUGGCUUCAACUAUACAAGGAGACCAUGACAUGCUCAAACUAGGGUCAUUCAUUAGGGUUAGCCAUAAUGGGAUUUGUCUGGCUCAUGGGUCCAGUUAUAUUAUGCAAAGCAGGCAAUGCUUUCCUGAUUCUGGGCUCCGUAAAGUAACCUAGUGUUGCUCUGUUCACAGCAGUGUUGCAAAGUAAAGGGGUGUUUCUUUCAAAUGCAGGAAUAGUUGCGUGGAUGCAUUCAGAUACGAGGACCCCAGUUUGGAACUUUGUACCUCUGUCAUCCUGAGAACUGUAGAACUCAGAAAAGCUACUCAGUGUGGAGAUUCCCAGUGAAGCUUUUCAACAGGAGACAGUAAAACAUUUAUUAAACAGUUCCUGGUUCUCCUGAUCUAGGACCCAUUUGUUUUUAACACUCAUCCCAGUUGUUAGUUGGUUCUGGAAUGACCCUGUGACAAAUGCUCAUUCUAACACCGUCCACUCGACAGGAUCCUUUAGGUCGGUGUUUCUCAACCUCAGCAACUUUAAGAUGUGUGGACUUCAACU